AUGGCAGAGCCACGCGCUGUGCCUUUCCUACUGCGUCUGCUGAUCGCCUGGAUCACUUUCUACUACACCAUCUUUAUGGACGCAGUCUCCAGGGCGGUAGAAGGCUUGCUACAGAGCGAUGUCUUCACGGACAGCUCGUCUCCCACCAGCUCGUCCCGUUCCAACAGGACGGCUGAGCGGACGAGACGUUCACGCCUGCGCGCUCGUCGCUUCCAGCUAUGGCUUGAAGACCUGCAAGGCAUGCGCGACGACGAGUUUAGAGACAUUUUCAGGAUAAACCGGGCAAUCCUGGAGUACAUCACUGCGGUCGACGCCUUCUUGAUGCACUUCCUGUCCGUCUUCAAGGGGGACUGGGUGCACUUCCCCACCCGCGACGACCUGGACGAGAUGGCCGAGGAGUUCCGCGCUGUCAAGGAGAUUCUUGCUGUGGUGGGGGCUAUUGAUGGGACACACAUACAAAUGAAAGGAAUGGAGGGGCAUCGCCAGGAGUACUACACGUGCAAGUCGGCGUAUGCCGUACAACUGCAACUGACAUGUGACGCCUGA